ACUCUACACCGGACCUGUUGCAUCUGAAGGAGAGGAUAUUCAGGACACCAGUUUAUGAUUACGACUCCAAAGGCGUCCCGCGGAAGGAACAGCACGCAUGAUGCGUUUGCGGCGCUGCGGCUGUUCAAUGAAAGAAGAGACGCGCAGCAGAAGAGAUGGGUACCGUUCCUGGACUUUCACCUACCCGGUCUUGGGGAAAAUGCUGUGAGCGCGCCGUGCUGGCUCUACCUGUAGUGGUGCUUUGGAUUCAGCUUGGCGCCGCUUUUAACUUGGACACGGAGAACCGCGUCGUCUUCACUGGACCCCCGGGGAGUUACUUCGGCUAUUCUGUGGAAUUUUUCAAGAACUCAUCCAGCAUCAACAUUUUGAUCGGUGCCCCGAAAGCCAACACCAGCCAGCCCAACGUCACUGAAGGAGGAGCUGUGUACAUGUGCCCGUGGAGCCAAAAUAACUGCACCAUUAUCAGCUUUGACAAGCAAGGUGACCGGUAUUUUUAUAUAAAUGACGUGAACACUCAGGUUGAGUUCAAGUCUCAUCAGUGGUUCGGAGCUACUGUGCGUGCCCAUGGUAGCAGCGUCCUGGCUUGCGCUCCCAGAUACUACUGGAGGACUGAACACGACAUACCCUUCUCCGAUGUUACAGGAACCUGCUACCUCGCUGUAGACAACCUCAAAAGAUUUGUGGAGUUUGCACCAUGCCGAACAGAAAGACAUGGACCUGCUGGACAGGGCUAUUGUCAGGGGGGAUUCAGUGCUGACUUCACCAAGGAUGGGAGGGUUGUGCUUGGAGGACCAGGCAGCUUUUACUGGCAAGGUCAGCUGAUCUCUGCCACUACAGAGGAGAUUGUUAAGGCCUACUAUCCCGCCUACUUUCUGCUGUCGGUCGCCGGGCAGAUUCAAACCCGACAGGUGCAGGGAAGCUAUGAUGACAGUUACCUGGGUUACUCUGUGGCUAGUGGCGAGUUCAGCGGGGACGGUGAGGAAGAUUUUGUCACAGGAGUUCCAAAAGGACUCAUGCUGUAUGGUUUAGUGUCCAUAUUAAAUGGAAGUGAUCUGAAAUCUCUGCUAAACCUGACAGGGGAGCAGAUGGGGUCCUACUUUGGCUACGCAGUGGCAACCACUGACAUCAACAGCGACGGUCUGGAUGACCUGGUGGUGGGAGCGCCGCUGUUCAUGCAUCGAGGGACUAACGGGCGUCUGGAGGAGUUGGGAAAAGUGUAUGUGUAUCUACAGAGGGGUCCUCUGGAGCUGGAACCAAGUCAGUCUCAUCUCCUGGGUCUUCAGGCCUUCAGCCGGUUUGGCACCUCUCUGGCCCCGUUGGGUGACCUCAACCAAGAUGGUUUCAAUGACGUGGCAAUCGGCUGUCCGUACGGAGGAAACGACCAGCAGGGGUCGGUUUUCAUCUACAACGGUCAUGUCGGAGGACUGAAGGACACCCCCACUCAGAUGCUCUCGGGCCAGUGGGCUUUCAGCUCUUUCCCGGCCAGUUUUGGCUUUACUGUGCGAGGCAACAGAGAUCUAGAUCAAAACGGGUACCCAGACCUGAUUGUCGGUGCUUUUGGGGUAGAUAAAGCUGUCCUCUACAGAGCUCGGCCAAUAGUGAACGCCAGCGCGUCUCUCACAGUACAGCCGACCAUGUUCAACCAGGAGGAGAAGCACUGCAUGCUGACCACAGGGAAUAAAAGUCUUUCUGUGUCUUGGUCCUACCACACCAUUCUGACCAGGUUGAGGUCUGGACUUGGAGUGGGCCACUGCUUCGUGGCAGAGGUGCAGUUGGACAGUGGGAAGCAGAAGCAGAAGGAGUCUAUCAGGAGGACUCUGUUCCUGGACAGCCAGCAGCCCAGCCUAGUGAAGACCUUUAACCUCACCAACAGAAAGCCCCUGUGUCACAACAGCAAUAUCUAUCUGCGGGCCCAGAUUCAGCUCGAUUGUGGAGAUGACAACAUCUGUGUCCCGGAUCUAAACCUGGCUGUUUAUGGCUACAGCGGGAUAGCACGCAACAACGUGAGCUUGACUCAGCUGACCUGCAGCUACGAGGCAGAAAACCAGACCCGCUAUCUCGUGUGUGAUCUGGGAAACCCCAUGAAGUCUGGUACCAGUCUGUGGGCCGGUCUUCGCUUCACCAUCCCCAGACUCAACGAUACUUACAAUACUGUUCAGUUUGAGCUCCAGAUACGAAGUAAAAAUGCAAAUAACUCUGAGAGUGAAGUGGUGUUUUAUGAGCUGAAGGUCUCUGCCAUGGCUGAUGUCAUUCUCCAGGGUGUUUCUCGGCCAGACAAAGUCAUCUUUCCUCCCCCCAACUGGACUGUGCGACAGGGUCUGGGGGAGGAGCAGGAGAUCGGCCCUGAGCUUCAGCAGGUCUUCGAGUUGGUGAAUAACGGUCCCAGCGUGGUGAGCCAGACAUCUUUAGUGGUGAAAUGUCCCCUGAAGGCUCAUGGUCACUGGCUGCUCUACCCUCUGGAGGUGGUCACUGAGGGUCCACUCAGCUGCGUCUCCAAAACAACCUUAAAUGCACUGAAACUUAAGCUUCAGCCUGGGGCAGUAGAGGGUCCAGCAUCACUGAAGUCCAGUGUUGAGCACCGCAUCCAGAAGAAGGAGGUGCACAGAGAUCCUCUGGCUGAACAAGGAAACCUGACGUGCAGUACAGUGGAGUGCUGGCAGCUGCAGUGUAAUGUGGGGCUGCUGCAGAGAGGACGAAGUGUCAUCCUGACUGUACGCUCAAGAGUCUGGGCUGAAACGUUCAUGGAGCGAGCCUAUAAGCAGUACACGCUGGAGUGCUCCGUUCACUUCAGCGUGGACAGGAUGCCGUAUUCUGUUUCUCCCACAUUAAAGCCAUCAGGAUCCAAAAAGGUGGCGACUGCUGUGAUGUGGAAUAAACCCAACAGUCAGUACUCGGUUCCUGUGUGGAUCAUCAUCCUGGCUGUUCUAGCUGGGUUGCUGUUACUGGCCUUGCUCAUAUACUUACUUUACAAGAUGGGCUUCUUUAAAAGAUCAGACCCAUACGGUACGACCAUGGAAAAGGCCAAACUCAAACCCCAGGCGUCCUCUGAAGCUUAGAUCUGAACGGAGCCUCCACCUGCAGCUGUUCCAAAGAACUGGAAGUAUUGUCGCAUUCCCAAACAAAUAAUGGAAAUUCCUAAUUAUAAGCAGGCCACCCAUUCACGAAGGGACAGUUAUGGGUGCUGUAUCACUGGAAGAUAAAAAUGUCUGGUGCUGCACUAAAACAUUACAGGGGUCACGCAGUUGGAUAUGCACUGCUGUUUGUUGGACAUUCCUCUGUGCAGUCAGAGACUUUUCUAGAAGCUCAUCCUGUCAUAUUAUACUCCUGCAUUGACAAUAAAGAAACAAAUGGACAUCCAACAAAAGGCACUAAAACGUCAGUAGUUCAUGAAUGCAAAAAAAGUGUGAUUCAAGCCAUGUUUGUAAGCUUGGUGUUGACGAUUUUGAAAAUUCCUGCUUAUGAAUGAUGCCUAAACCACUUGUUAUUUAUGGCACAAUGAUUUCCUAUUGAUUGUUGAAUGUUGUACUGUACUGUCUGCAGGAAAAAAAAAUCAAAAAAGCAACGUGCCAAAUCUGCAAUGUUUAACUUGAAUUUUUCUCUCCCAUAUUGGGAGGUACUUUGUGUAUGAUGUAAUGUAUUCAUUGUGUUAUAUUGAUGUUGUGGCGCAGAAUAAAGCCUAAUUUUGUAUACCCACACAAGAAGCUAUGAUUACAUAGCAUAACAUAACAGUUAGCACUGUUGUAGGAGCGGCCUGCUCGAGGAAGGAGAUUUUGCAGUGGAGUAGGAACAUCAGCAACAUCACCUCGCUCAACUUCUUCUGCAGGAACCUGCUCACCAAACUAAACCCCUUUCACCCAAC